GUCAUCUGACUGAGUGUUGGGCGACACCAGGAAGACGCAGCUGUUAUGACAGUAAAUGAAGAGAAUAAACAAACAUUAAAAUAAAAUAUCAAUGAACAACUUAUAACAAUCGACAGUUCGUAAAACAAACACCACGCCCGGUACCUUAAACCCUGUCGUUUGGGAUUAGUUACUAUGGAAGAGACGAACAGAGAGGCCGUUGCCACGGCGGUGCAGAGGGUUGCUGGGAUGCUGCAGCGCUCUGACCAGCUGGACAAAGUGGAGCAGUACAGACGGAGAGAGGCACGCAAGAAAGCAUCUGUGGAAGCCAGAUUAAAGGCUGCUAUUCAGUCUCAGUUGGAUGGGGUACGAACAGGCCUCACGCAGCUCCAUAACGCUCUGUGUGAUGUGAAAGACAUCCAGAACUCGCUGGCAGACGUCAGCAAAGACUGGAGGCAGAGCAUCAACACCAUUGAGAAUCUGAAGGAUGUGAAAGAUGCUGUGGUUCAGCACAGUCAGCUGGCUUCAGCUGUCGAGAACCUCAAAAACAUUUUCUCAGUGCCCGAGAUCGUACGAGAGACCCACGAUCUGAUCGAACAGGGCGAGCUCCUUCAAGCUCACCGCAAGCUAAUGGAUCUAGAGUGCUCCCGCGACGACCUCAUGUACGAGCAGUACCGCAUGGACAGCAAGAACGACCAUGACAUGAACCUAAUUCGUAGCUACUUCGGCCAGGUGCAGGGCCUGUCGGAGGAGCUCUCCAAACAGCUCUGGAUGGUCCUCCACCGCGCCAUGGUCACUGUCCGCCGCGACCCCACCAUGCUGGUGUCUGUGGUUCGAAUCAUCGAGCGCGAAGAGAAGAUCGACCGCAGGAUGCUGGACCGUAAGAAGCAGACCGGGUUCAUCCCACCUGGGAGGCCCAAAUGUUGGAAAAAUCGAAUGAACAAAGUCCUAGAGGACACGGUGAGCGCUCGCAUCGAGAGCACGCAGUCAGAAACACGUGAGUCUGACAAAAUGUGGCUGGUGAGGUUGCUGGAGAUCACUAGGAAGUACGUACUGGACGACCUGAUCGUGGUGAAGAACCUGAUGGUGCAGUGCUUCCCUCCACACUACAACACCUUCCAGGUGUUCUUAGACCUCUAUCAUAAAUCGGUGUCGGCACGCGUGCAGGAGCUCGCAGCUGAAGAUCUGGAAGCCAAUGAGAUUGUGUCUCUUCUUACAUGGGUCCUCAACACAUAUAAAAGUGGGGAGAUGAUGGGUCAUCCUGAUCUACAGCCCGAGUGUGACGUCAAGCAGAUGGAACCGCUGUUGCCCCAACCUGUGGUGGAUGAUUUGCUGGGCAAAUACCUCAAAACCUUCACUUCAAACAUCACAGGCUGGCUGCGCAAAGCUCUGGAAACAGAUAAGAAAGACUGGCAGAAGGAGACAGAGCCUGAAGCCGACCAAGACGGCUACUACCAAACCACCUUACCUGCUAUUGUCUUCCAGAUGUUUGAGCAGAAUCUCCAGGUGGCUGCUCAGAUCAACGAGACUUUUAAAGAGCAGGUGUUAAAAGUCUGUCUGAAGCAGAUGAACUCGUUCCUAGUAAGGUACAGAGAGGAGGCGAUUGCCUAUAAGGAGGAACACCUGAGAGAUCGUCAGCUCCCACAAUGCUACGUUCAGUACAUGAUCGCCAUCAUCAACAACUGUCAAACAUUCAAAGAAUCUAUAAAUAGCCUAAAAAGAAAGUACUCUCAGUCGACUGAACCCACUCAGAACGACGCCGCCAUAGACAAGCUUCUGAAUGAUGUGGCCAGAGAGGGCUGCCAGUUCCUGUUAGAUGAAGUCUUUCUGGAUUUGGAGCAUCAUCUUAGUGAGCUGCUGACCCGGAAGUGGUUGACGGGCUCUCAUGCUGUAGACACCAUCUGUGUGACCGUGGAAGACUACUUCAAUGACUUUGCCAAAAUUAAAAAGCCUUAUAAUCAGGAAAUGACAAGUGAGGCUCAUCGGCGGGUGGUGGUGGAGUAUCUAAAGGCCAUCAUGCAGAAGCGCAUCUCGUUUAAGAACGCCGACGAGAGGAAGGAGGGAGCCGACCGGAUGAUGAAAGAAGCCGAGCAGUUCAAAUUCCUCUUUAGGAAACUUUCUUCUGGAGAGGACACAGACCGGCUGUGUGACUCCAUUGCUGCCAUCGCCGAGGUCUUCAAACUGACCGAUCCUGCGCUGCUCUAUCUAGAGGUGUCCACCCUGGUGUCCAAAUAUCCUGACAUCAGAGAGGAGCACAUUGUGGCCCUGUUAGCUGUUCGUGGAGAUGCCAGUCGAGAAAUGAGACAGACGAUCAUAGAGACUCUAAACCAGAACAAGCCAUCCUCCUCCUCUGUCUCUCAGCCCGUCUUCAGAGACAUCACGGUGCCAUCCAUCACCAUGACCGCCAUGACCUCUAUGGCUGUACCCAAACUGCUGAAAUAAUCUGACCUUUGACCCCUAGAGCCUUUACUAAGCCACUAACAGGCCACAGAACGGAGUAUCGACUCCAUUAAUGCACUUUGGAAAUACAUUUUCUGCCAUAUCAGUGUAAACAUCUGGGUUUGAUGAUGAUGCGCACUCGAAUGGCAGCAGCUCGUGUUGAGACUGCAGACGCUUUGGUGAUAUAUGAUGACUUGAUGUACAGAAACAUUUCCAUUAUUUUCCUAGCCUGCCCUUAUUAAAAUGAUUAAAGGAUGAAUUAAAGCAAUAUAGUUCACCCAAAAACAAGUCAUCACUCACACUUACGCUGUUCCAAACCCAUGAGGUUUUGUGUAGAACAAAUAGAUAUUUUGCACUCAUGAACUAGUCAAAAGCUUUUGAACAGCAAAAUUUUUAAUGUUGUUUUUAAGGAAGUUUCUUCUGCUCACCAAGCCUGCAUUUAUUUGAUCCAAAAAUAAAAACAGUACCAUUUUGAAAUAAUUUUACUAUUUAACAUAACUGAUUUCUAUUUCAGUAUAUUUAAAAUGUCAAAAAUGUCAUUUAUUCCUGUGAUUUCACUGCUUAAUUUUUAGCAUCAUUACCCCAGUCACAUGAUCUUUCAGAAACCAUUCUAAUAGUCUAAAUUUGCUGCUCAAAAAACAUUCAUUAUUACUUUUAUGUUGAAAACUGCUGAGUGGAUUUUUUUCAAGUCAGUCUUUUAUAGCAUUAGAAAUGUCUUUAUGAUCAAUUUAAAGCAUCCUUGCUAAAUGAAAGCAUUCAUUCCUCUAAUUUCUUUUAAAAAAUAUUACAAGCUUUAAAGUGGUAUAGUGUAUAAUGUUACAAAAGCUUUUUAUUUCAGAUUAAUGCUGAUCUUUCUAUUCAUCAAAGAAUCCUAAAAAAUGUACUCAACUGUUAAAUAUUGAUAAUAAUAAAAAUAUUUCUUGAACAGCAAAUUAGCAUAUCAGAAUGAUUUCUAAAAGAUCAUGUGACACUGGAGUAAUGAUGCUGAAAAUGUAGCUUUGAUCACAGGAAUAAAUAACAUUUCUAAAAGAUAUUCAAAUAGAAAAGUCAUUUUAAAUAGUAAAAAUAUUUGAAAAUUGUACUGUUUUUGCUGUACUUUGGAUCAAAUAAAUGCAGGCUUGGUGAGCAGAAGAGACUUCUUUAAACAAAACAAAAGUUGUACUGACUGUGUACUUUUGACUGACAGUGUAUAGUGCAAUUGACAGAACUUUUAUUUUUGGGUGAACUAUCCGUUUAACAUCAUAAGGUUGCAUUAAGCUACUUUUGUGUCGUUGAUUCUCAUUAAUAAUGUACAGUCACUGUUUAAUUUCUUUCUGUUUCACCACAGUGCGACACAAAAGCGUCCUGCUGGACGCUGUCAGGAACUGUAACGAACCACGGGACUCCAACACAUUAGUUUUCAUUUCAAUAAAAUCUGGGUAACACUAA